UUUAUUUUUUGGAUUCUGUUUUUCAUCUUCCCUGAUUUCUGGAACUGCUCUUCCCCGCACUCGGACACGGUUGUCGCCGCGGGUGGCUCCUCCUCCUCUGCCAACGUAGCACUACGAGCUAAGCGGACAAACUGGUUGUGGCGGGAAAGCCCUCCACACGGAGGUGAGCCGUCACUGCCGGCGAGCACAAAGAAGAGGAGUGGCAUAACAACACCCCGUAGCGUUCGCUCAAAAAAAUUAAAUGCGGCCAUAGGUACCUCCGGCGACAUAAAUCGCGGUCUCCAGAAACGUCCGUGGGGCUAAGUUUUCAGAAUGAGCUUGGGUUGCCCAAAUCUGAUGCAGAGGACAUAAUCAAAAAUGUUUUUGGUGCACAAAAGUUUUCUCGGAGCUUCCUAUGAUUACAUUUAAACCACUGAAGUCACAUGUUUUGACAAAUUAUUUGACUCCUUUUCUGGACUUUAAACGUCUCUAUCCACCUAUGGAAGAUGAGGGAGCUCGAAUUUAAUCUUAAAGAUCUUCAUUUGAGUUCUGAAGACGAAUCUCAGGAACAACACGAGGGUGAGUAACUAAUAACAAAGAUUUUAUUUUUGGUUUAACUAACUGUUUAAAUAAGCAUAACACAGACACUUUCCCCCUUUUGUAAAACAUCAUCAUAAACACCUGUUUUAUUUGAAAUAUUGUUUAUAAUAUGGUACAUUUUAAAAGAAUUCCUGUCAUCCCCAGCAAUGUGAGUUUAAAAGGAUAAAAAGAGCAUUCCAUCAGAGCCUUCUGCCUGAAGUGCUUAUUUGAAUGCCUGUAUAAACGUGUGGGAAUAAAUAGGUUCACAUGUCUUUGUUGCAGUUGACAAGCACCAAAGGGACCACUCAGAGACAAGUCUUUCUGGAGGGAGCGCAGAGAGUCUGGCUUUAGUUACAGUUGGAGAGAACGAUGAGCGGAGAGUGAGUGAGAGAGCAAGAGGGAGGGAGAAAAGAGGCUGAAGUGCUGAGAGGAAAAGAGAAAGGAUGAAUGGAACAGGACCACAUGUUGGGUCGCAUCAUCAGUGGCUCAUUUCUACAGCUUUGGUGUUUCUAGAAACAGCGAACCUCUUCUGGAUUACCAGGUAAUGUUCAUGAACACCCCAUAAACAUGGUUUGGUGUUUUACCCCGUUAAAUCAGUCUUGCUUCUGAAUAAUCUAGUGUGAUAUUUUGGAAAGAAACUGCGUGUUUUGUGUGUCGGGGAUGUUUUGCUUCAACCAGGACAGCAAUGUUGCAUCAAGUCUCUCAUGUGUUGUUCAUUUUUCUCCCUCAUUGAAAAUGCAGCGGCAAAACUGUCUCUUCUGUUCUGAAUCGCAAUCCAUCUGAACAUUGUCUGCGGAGGAGAGGAGGUAAACAUGUUUUCACUCUCACACUGGUACAUUUUGGACUUGGAGAUCAAUGGAACGCUUCAAAUGGAGAGUCGCUUCCUUGACUUAAUGGAUGAAUAAAUUGCUCUUUAAUGGCCCUGAAUGGGACGGCUGCUGAACUCAGGUCCUUAGGGAUUUCUGCGGAGAUUUCCAAAGACACCAGCAUGGAGCAGAAGGUGUCUUUGGGUAAUGCAGUUCUCAAUAACUCUAUGGAUUGCAAUGGGAGCGAAGAGAGAAACCGGUCGGAGUUUUCGUCCUCUGAUUAUGUCCAGAAGAACUGGGUGGCACUUUUGAUUUCGCUGGUCAUAAUCAUCACCGUGACGGGCAACAUCCUGGUCAUCAUGGCGGUGAGUUUGGAGAGGAAGUUACAGAACGCCACCAACUACUUCUUGAGGUCUUUGGCCAUUACAGACAUGCUUUUGGGAAUCCUUGUUAUGCCGGUAGCAAUGGUGACAAUCCUCUACGGUUACACCUGGCCUCUCCCUCGCACCCUGUGUCCGAUCUGGAUCUACCUGGACGUUCUCUUCUCCACCGCCUCCAUCAUGCACCUGUGCGCCAUAUCUCUGGACAGAUACAUCGCCAUCCGCAACCCCAUCCACCACAGCCGCUCCAACUCCCUAACAAAAGCCCGCGUCAAAAUCAUCGCAGCCUGGACCAUCUCUGUGGUUAUCUCCAUGCCUGUUCCAGUCCUCGGCCUUCAUGACCACUCCAAAGUCUUCCGCAACGAAAGCUGCCAACUUACGGACAACAAUUUCGUCCUGAUUGGCUCGUUUGUGGCGUUUUUCGUCCCGCUCAUCAUCAUGGUCGUCACAUACUUUCUCACCAUCAGUGCUCUACAAAGCGAAGCGACUUUGUGCCUGGACCAACUCAUCGUGCGUCCAACAUGGUCGUCCACCAUUGGACUCCUCCCUCGAGGUUCAGUUUCCUCUGAGCGUCUCUUCUCACGCUCAUCAAUCUGCCGAGAAGGAGCUUCCAGAGGAUCCGGACGCCGAUCCAUGCAGUCCAUCAGCAAUGAACAGAAGGCAUCCAAAGUGCUCGGCGUGGUUUUCCUACUUUUUGUGAUCAUGUGGUGUCCGUUUUUUGUGACGAACGUGAUGGCGGUGGUGUGCGGCUCCGUGUGCGAUGAAGAUUUGGUAGGCGGGUUGAUGAAUGUGUUUGUUUGGGUUGGAUAUUUAUCAUCGGCGGUCAACCCGUUCAUCUACACACUCUUCAACAAGACUUACCGUGCCGCGUUCGCCCGGUACAUGCAGUGCCGCUACCAUGAGGAGAGGAGACCCCUGCAGCUGAUACUGGUCAACACAAUCCCCCCUCUGGCCUACAGCUCCUCUGGGCUUCCCCUGAAGGUGGAGAACUCAUUACGGAGGAAAGCAGAGGGCAGCCGGUCUGGGAGCUUCACCAACACUGAGAGGUCAAUCUGUGGAAGCACACAAAACAAGCAGGAACGGGAUGAGGUAGUAAGCCAUUUGUAACAGACCCUAGAGAGUGUUUAAUUGGGGUCCACAUCAACAGACCUCGCAUUAUGGGUGUAAACGCUUGACAAAUGAAGCCUUUUAUUUUAAUAUACACCUACCUGUGCAGGACAGCACAGUCAGCAGAUGAUACUACCUACAGCUCACAGCCAAAACAGGACACAGAUGCUUUAAAACUGGGCCAGUAGCAAUAAACUCUCUUAUUUUGUAAAAUAUACUCAUUUUAGAUCACAAAUAUACUGUACUGUAUGAAUAAACAGCCUGAUCUCACUAGAAAACAUCCCUAUUUUACGUUUUGUCAGGUUUGUGGCUAAUUUGUAUGAAUUCGUCAUAGUACUGUGCGUUUACAACGAAAGUAGUGAGAGCGUCAAAGUAGCAGAACUCAUUCAUUUUCAACGGGAGCCGAUGGCGAGGAGUGGCAUGGAUUAUCUUCGCCGGUGUAGGCGGCAAGGAGAGCUGAAAUCAAGUCCAUUUUAUGGUAAUGAGCUAUGACACAGUUCAGUGGCAAGCAAUCAGAAUGUGGACGAUUUUUAAAAGGAGGCGUAGCACCAACCUUUACC